AUGGCUAAAUUUGGCGCAAAUUUUACAAUACCAGUUUUUGUGCCGGGUGAGUCAAAAUGGGAGAGAUGGCUGCGAAGAUUUGAAGGUGCUUUAGCCAUCAUGAAAGUUACGGACGAUAAAUUGAAAGCUACCUACUUGCUUCAUUACGUGGGAGAAAAGGCUCACGAUGUGCUGUGCGAUACAUUUGGUGAUGCGACGGUGUCAACAAAGAAGUAUGAGGAGUUGACCGAUAAGCUAAAAGAAAUGUAUGCCUCGGUGACAAUAGAGAUUGCUGAAAAUUUCAAGUUCAAUUGCAGGAAGCAGCAGCUUGGAGAGUCUGUACAAGACUUUGCUAUGGCUUUGAAGAAGCUUGGUGCGAGCUGUGGAUUUGGGGACUUUCUACAGAAAGCAUUGCGAAAUCAGUUUGUUUAUGGUCUGAGUAAUCAAAGAAUACAGAAUCGAUUGCUCGAAACGAAGGACUUAACGUUCGAGAAAGCUUCACAAAUAGCUAAUGCUACGGAGCUGUGUGAGAAAGAAACUACACAAUUACGAGGAGAAAACACACACGCAGCGAUAAAUACAGUAUAUGGGAAGAAGAAAAUUCAUAAGAAGUCUAGUAAGCAGUUUAACACAACGAAGGAUACAGAUUCUAAGAAAAUGCUCUGUUAUCGUUGUGGUAAUGCAAAUCACAAGGCGAAUGUUUGCACAUUGCCCAAAAAUAUCAUAUGCAAUGCUUGUAAAAAGCAGGGACAUCUUGAGAAGAUCUGUAUGCAGAAAGGAAAUACACCGAGGCAAAUUCAUCAAAUUGAAGAGGAUUCUCACGUCGAGGUAGUUGAUAUACUCAACGUAUUUUCUGUGGAAGAUUUUCAAAAUAUAGAGAAGUUCGUAAGAGGGCUGAAUGUAAACAACACCGAGGUAAAUUUCGAGGUCGACACGGGAGUAGCGGUUUCUAUUAUGUUUUACGAUAGAGCCAAGCAGUUGUUCCCAGGAGAGAGGGUUUAUAAAUCAUCGUUACAACUAGUCACCUAUUGUAAGUCGAAUGUAUGUGUGCGAGGUUUUAUAAAUGUUUGUGUUUUGUUCGAGAAUGUAGAGUUCUAUUUAAAAUUGUAUUUAACUGAUGUGAAUCGUAUGCCUUCGUGGGGUCGCGAAUGGAUUAGAGCGUUUAUACAAAGUCGCGGAGCUCAAAGUUUGUUUGCUUCGAUUUUGUCGGUUGAAGAUACUUGCGAGAAUGAAAAGCCGAAUAAAGAAAUGUUUGUUAAUGAUUUAAAACAUAAAUACAAGGAUGUGAUACGGCAAGAUUUUUCACCAAUUUUAGGAUUAGGAGCUGUGACUUUAACUAUGAAGCCUGACGCCAAGCCAGUUUUCGUCAAGUCAAGAAGCGUGCCAUUUUGA